AUGGAUUUAGAAUAAAAAUGGAAGUUAUAAAAUAUUAUUACAAUUCUUAAUUUAACUUUUAAACAUUCGGAAGGAAAAUAUAAAGCUCUUCAUUAUAAUGGAUUAAAUAUAUUUAUUAAAGUCCUGAUGAAAUUUCUUCCCAAUAUGAAUGAAAGUGAACCUGAUUGUUUAAUUUAAAAUAUGUUUGAAUUAAUUCAUGGAUUACUUGAUGAAUCUGAAAAUAUUAAAUUUAAAAUUAAUAAAAGAUCUAAUAUUGACAUUGAAGACGAUUAAAUGGUAAAUAUUUAUGAUGAGGAAGAAUGUUUAGAUAACGUUAAAUUAUGUAUUAAUAAAAUCAACACAAUUGAAUAAAAGGGAAAUAAAUAUAAAAAUUAAUUAGUUUAGGAUUUAAUUAGAAUUCUUCCUAUCCUAACUAGAGAUUUUGUUAAACCUUCCUAAUAUAUAGUUAAUUCUUUCGAAUAAUAUAUAGAAUUCGAUGACUAAUAAAUUAAGAAAGAAAACUAAGAAAAAAUAAAUAAAUUUAUGGAAAUCGCAGAAAAAGUUCCCGAAUAUUUCUAAUCUUUCCGUGAAGAAACUAUAAAUAGUGGAAUAUUAAAUAAAGCAACAUAAUUAUUUCUUUAAAUAGUUUCUGAUUAUUCUAAAAUAAACUAAGCAAAAAUAAAACAAUAUAAUACAUCCCUAUAAAGAUGCCUAUAAAUAUUUAUGUCCUUAAUAAAAGGAAAUCAUAAUAUCUAAUUAAUUUUAAGUAAAUAAGGAAUACUACAUAGUAUAUAUUAAUUAACUGAUACAUCAAUAAAGAUAAAGGAAAUAGGAAAGAUAUCAGAAGAUAUAAUAGAGUAUAUUGUUUGUGAGAAAAAUAUGGUUCAUAAAGAAGUGUAAAAUUUAAUAAUAAAAAUAAAACAUGAAGAUGCUUAAAUUAAAAAAGAAAAAGCUCAUUAAGUGAAAUUAAAUUAACUACAAAUGCUAAACACUAAUGCUUAAAAAAUCAAAUAAGUAUUCGAUUUUGGGGAUUUAGAAGAAGAAACAAGCAUAAAAUGUGUUGUUUGUUAAGAAGGCUAUACUUUAAGACCAAAAGAUAUUUUAGGAGCUUAUAUUUAUUCAACUUCUUAUAACAUUUUUGAUAUAUAGAAGCUUGUUUAUGAAGGAAACUCUUAUGUAGAUAAAUCUUCAGUUACUAGCGUAACUUCUUUCAAUUUAAUCCAUUUAAAAUGCCACUAAGAAGCAGUUUAAGCAGAUUAAAAUAGCAAAAAACCGAAAACAGAAUGGGAAGGUGCCCUUAUCAGAAACUCAGAGGCAAAAUGUAAUAACUGGUUCCCUUUAAAAGGUCCUGAAAUAGAUUAAAAUUAAACAGAAAACGCUCUAAAAAAAUACUUUAAGUGCAUUGGUUAAUAAAGUAUUUCUGGUAAUUAAGCAACUUGGAUUAUUAUGAAUGAUUUUAAAGGUUUGUUAAUGAAAUUUGCUAAUUAAGAAGAUAUAGCUAAAGAAACAAGAACAACUUUUGAACAUAAUAUUAAAAUUCUUCCUUUCUUUAUUUCUAUUAUUACUUAUUGA